AUGGGUGCUGAUGCUACAUCGGGGCGCGCAGCGGAUGAGGCAGCUGUGAUUAAUACGUAUAUGGAGAAGCGGGAGCGGACGUUGGCGAGCAAAAAGCGGUAUGCGAGUAAAAAGCGGAUGGAUCAACGGAACGAUCGGCUUGCGGCACAAGGCUUUGAUGCGAGCAAACCAGGAGACCAUGGGGGAGACGAAGAUGGGGACGAUGAGAUUGACGAGAUCGACGAGAUGGAGGAUGAACCCCGGGCGAUGCCAUUGCAAGAUCUCCCAUCGAAUUCGAGCGAUGGUGCUAAGCCAAAGUUGCGUUUGAAGCCCUUGACUAAGCCUGGAGAGCCUGCGUCGGGGCCAGAGAACGCGUUACCACCUUCGUCCCCGCUUUCGCCUGUGCCUACCACCUCGGUAUCAGUUUCGCCCAGCGAGCCCGUACAUCCCGGACCCACGUUUUCCUUCAACACUCCGGGCCGAUCGGCUCGACAUACUUGUUCUCGCCAUUUGAUGACGAUCAUCGUCGUGGUGGAUUCGGACCGUUGUCGCAGUGGACGUAGACGAGACGGGAGCGAGCCCGAAACGCCUCGAACCAACGCGGCCAAGGUUGCCGCGAGGCGGUUACAACUCUUUGCGCUCGAGUCUCCGAUCGCAAAUAUCACACCCAUGCGACGUGUCCCGGCUCGGGGCGCGCUUACUCGUUCGCUCACGACACCCGUCAUGUCCACUGCUCUUGGGUCCCAUGCCGCGCUCGUUCUUGGACAGACUCCGUUGGCGGAGGGGGAAGAAGAGCUCGCGCGGGCGUUGGGUCUUGCGCCUGAUAUUGGAAGACACAUAUUGAGCGAAGAUAGCCCUCAGCCGGUUGAGGGAGAGUAUGGACGAAGCAUGGCCCCGAGUCCGUUUGUGAUCAAUACGCCUGCUCCUGCUCCCAAGCGUGCGAGGAAGGACAAGAACAAGGAAGAUAUGGAGAGCUAUGCGAAUGAGAUUGUUGCUGGUGAUCUACUCGUCCAAUUGUGA